AUGUCGAAGUUUGAGGAUCCCAACAUUAUAUACAGACCUUCGAACAUUCAAAAUGAUAUUCGUCGGGAGUUUGGCAUAGAUAUAAAUUAUAACAAGGCAUGGAUGGCUAGAGAAUGUGCUAUAGAGCUAUUAAGAGGUUCACCUGAUCUUAGUUAUGAUAGAUUGGCCAAGUAUUGCAAUAUUCUGAAGAAGAAUAAUCCCGGUACAGUGACGUUCAUUGAGAUUGAUAAUGAGAAUCGAUUCAAAUACUUUGUUAUGGCUUUAGGACCAAGCAUACGUGGUUUUCACUCAUCAAUGAGACAUGUCAUUUCUGUGGAUAGAAUAUUUAUGAAAUCAAAAUUUCGAGGUACGUUACUUGUUGCCACGUGUCAAGAUGCAAAUCUUCAGAUAUAUCCUCUUGCAUUUGGCAUUGUUGAUUCUGAAAAUAAUGCAUCAUGGACUUGGUUCUUUGAUAAGUUGUUUCAUGUAAUGGGUAUGUUGGAAGGGCUUGUUUUCAUUUCUGAUUGCAAGGAGGGCAUUGGUAACGCUAUAAAGAUUGUUUAUCCUUAUGCACAUCAUGGAUGUUGCAUGUGGCAUCUACAACUAAACAUAAAGUCAAAUUAUCAUAAGGCCGAUAUUCUGCCAUUGUUUAUGGCAACUGCGAAGGAGUAUAGUUUGAUUAAUUUUGAAAAAUCAAUGGCAAAUCUAUAUUGUAAAAGUCCGGCAGUUGGACAAUACCUAGAAAAGAAAGUUGGGUAUGAAUUUUGGUCCCGAGCACAUUUCAAAGGAAUCCGUUACAAUAUUAUGACAACUAACAAUGCAGAAUCUUUGAACUCGUUAUUCAAGAAUGCUCGGGAGUUUCCAGUACUUGCUAUGGUUGAACAAAUAAGAAAAACUUUACAGAAAUGGUUUUAUGAGAGACACAUUGAGGCGGAAGAAUGUGCAACUACUCUAACCCCGCCCAUUGAGGAUAAAAUGCGUAAAAAGUAUAAUGAUGCAAAGGGACUGAUAGUGGUACCAAUAAAUGAGUAUGAGUUGCACGUCGGUGUUGAGAAUGAAAUGUAUAUCGUGAACUUGGAGGCAAGAACCUGUAGUUGUAGGGAAUUUGAUUUGAAAAAGCUUCCUUACAAACAUGCACUUGCAGUAGCUAAAUUUAAGGGAAUAUCUUGUUGCAGUUUGUGCUCACUUUAUUAUAUCAGUGCUAGUUGGAAACAAGCAUAUGCUGAAUGUAUAUAUCCAGUGACAAAUGAAGCUGAUUGGGAAAUCUCCAAUCAGCCAAAGGUGUUACCACCCCUUUCGAAUCGAAGACAAAGUGGACGUCCAAAAAAUCGUCGAAUUCCAUCAAGAGGAGAGGGAAGAAAGACUCGUAAAUGUAGUAGGUGUGGCCAGAGGGGCCAUAAUCGUCUAACUUGCAAAAAUACUCUACACUAG